UCUGCUAUGCUUGUAACAGUAAUAAUUGAUUUUUGUAUGCAUCACCCCAUGCUAAUGUGUCGUAAUUUACAUAACUAUGGAAAAGCGCGUAAUAAAUUAAAUUUGUAAAACUUAAAUUAGGCUUCACGAAGAAUUUACAAUUUGCAAAACCUAAGUCAGUCCUCAUAUUUCGAGUAACGAGAUGAUACCUACUACUUUUUUUAUUUCAAUUGCCUAACAUUCUGAAUAUAGACGUGCAAUGUGGAUUUACAAUUUGGAAAUUCAAGCUAGACUUUAUGAAUAAUACACCAUUAGUAAAACGUAAUUGAAGCCUAAUAUCUCAAGAAAGGAGGUGAUACUAUAUUUCAUUUCAAAUGCAUAUGAAGAAUUCUGCACAUAGACGGUCGAUGUGAAUACACACGUACGCUUACGUUCGCGUGUAUAUGUCUCGACGAUCAGCUGUAGCGAUGUUUACAUUCGUUGGCAUCCUCGACGACGGCGUGGCGCGUGGUGGGGUCGCGGCCACUGGCCAGUUCCUUACAGCCUUCCGAGCUGUAGGUAUCGUUUUCGCUCGUAGUUACCCUAAUUGCUAAAUCGUUACCGCUCGCGGGUUCACGGUGAAAGUUUCAUAGAGACGCAAAGUGCGUGGUUUAUGUGUCAAAUGUAUUAUCGCCGGUGCCAUAAUCAAGCGAAAACGGAGAAAACGUAACCCGCCUUCAGCAUGGGGGCGAUGUUCAGGAGCGAGGAGAUGGCCCUUUGCCAGCUGUUCAUUCAGCCGGAGGCGGCCUAUCUAUCUGUCUCCGAGCUCGGGGAAACCGGUACGGUGCAAUUUCGUGACCUUAACGCAGAUGUAAACUACUUCCAACGGAAGUUUGUGAACGAGGUCCGUCGAUGCGACGAAAUGGAACGGAAGCUGAGGUACAUCGAAGCCGAAGUCAAGAAGGAUGGUGUGCCGAUCGCUGACAAUCUCACAGAACUGCCACGAGCUCCAAACCCUCGUAUGAUCAUAGAUCUCGAGGCGCAUCUCGAGGAAACGGAGAACGACAUAUUAGAGCUGAGCCAAAACGCGGUGAACCUGAAGAGUAACUAUCUCGAAUUGACGGAACUGCGGCACGUGCUUGAGAAGACCCAAGUAUUUUUCACGGAGAAUCAAGAACUUCUUCUAUACCAACAGGAAGAGGCCAAUGACUCAAUAACUAGGAACUUGAUUAACGAGGAACAACACAAUCCGGGCGUGAUGGGUCGUGGUCGCCUCGAGUUCGUCGCUGGGGUGAUAAAUCGAGAACGAGUUCCGGCUUUCGAGAGGAUGCUGUGGCGAAUAUCACGUGGAAACGUAUUUUUACGUCAAGCUGAGCUCGACAAGCCGUUAGAGGACCCAACAACUGACCUGAAGCAUUCGGGUAAUCAAAUGUACAAAACAGUCUUCGUGGCGUUUUUCCAAGGAGAGCAAUUAAAGAGUCGGAUCAAGAAAGUUUGCACGGGGUUCCACGCGUCUUUGUACCCGUGCCCGCACAGCCACGGGGAACGAGAAGAAAUGGUCAAAGGCGUUCGCACGCGACUGGAGGACUUGAACUUGGUGUUAAACCAAACGCAAGAUCAUCGACAACGUGUACUCCACAACGUGGCUAAAGAGUUGCCUAAUUGGUCGGUUAUGGUCCGAAAGAUGAAGGCUAUUUAUCAUACAAUGAACCUGUUUAACAUGGACGUAACGAAGAAGUGCCUUAUUGGGGAAUGCUGGGUACCCGUUGCAGAUCUCACCAUUAUUCGAAACUGCCUCACCGAAGGAUCGCGUCUCUGCGGUAGUUCGAUACCAUCUUUCCUCAAUGUUAUCUACACAGACGAGAACCCUCCGACAUUUAACAGGACGAACAAGUUCACCAGAGGCUUCCAAAAUUUGAUCGACGCCUACGGCGUGGCAUCGUAUCGCGAGGCUAAUCCGGCACUUUACACGAUUAUCACUUUCCCCUUCCUAUUCGGCAUCAUGUUCGGCGAUUGUGGACACGGUAUAAUCCUGACUCUGUUCGGCGUGUAUAUGGUAGUGCUGGAAAAGAAGUUCCUCGCAGAAAAAUCGUCGUCUGAGAUAUGGAAUAUAUUUUUCGCCGGACGAUACAUAAUCCUGUUAAUGGGUUUGUUUUCCAUUUACACUGGCAUCAUUUACAACGACCUGUUCUCAAAGUCAUUAAACAUAUUCGGGUCUAGUUGGGUGAUAACGUACGACAAUAAAACAGUGUGGAAUAAUGUUGAUCUUACACUGGACCCGGCUACCGAAAGUUACAAACAGUACCCAUACCCGUUGGGUAUGGACCCGGUUUGGAUGCUGGCGGAGAACAAGAUUAUAUUUUUGAAUUCGUAUAAAAUGAAACUGUCCAUCAUAUUCGGUGUCGUGCAUAUGAUAUUCGGGGUAAUGAUGAACAUCCCCAAUAUCUUACAUUUCAAGAAAUAUGAAAGAUUCUUCUUUGAACUUCUGCCACAACUGCUCUUCCUCGUUUUAUUGUUCUUCUACCUAGUAGUGUUGAUGUUCGUCAAAUGGUUUAUGUUCGACGCGACCUCGCCAGACAUACGAUACAAACCCCAGUGCGCGCCUUCCGUGUUGAUCACGUUUAUUAACAUGAUCCUUCAGGGAGAAUCUAAACAAGCAGAGGGUUGUUCGGCGUUCAUGUUCACCGGUCAAUACACUCUUCAACUGGUUUGCGUUCUACUCGCUGUGCUCUGCGUGCCAGUGAUGCUGUUCGGUAAACCACUUUACUAUCUGAUGAAGAAGAAGAAAAACGAUAGAAAAGUUGUGAGUAAUGGAACCACGUCCCAGGAUAUCGAACUGCAAACCGAAGGUUUGCAAAGCGGUCCCUCGAACACUGAAGCCGCAUCUGGGCACGAAAGUGAUUCGUUCAGCGAAUUAAUGAUAUAUCAGGGUAUUCACACGAUAGAAUAUGUCCUAUCAACGAUAUCUCACACUGCCUCUUAUCUACGUCUAUGGGCUCUAUCGUUGGCCCAUGCGCAAUUGUCCGAAGUGUUGUGGUCCAUGGUGAUGAGAAACGGUUUCGCUCCGAGCAAUUUUCCGCCCUACAUAUUCGGCGUUGUCUUGUUCGUCAUCUUCGGCGCCUGGGCAUGCUUUACCCUCGCUAUCCUCGUCAUGAUGGAGGGUCUCUCCGCUUUUCUUCACACUCUCAGACUUCAUUGGGUUGAAUUUAUGAGCAAAUUCUACGAGGGCAAGGGUGAUCUCUUUCAGCCAUUCUGUUUCAAAACUAUUUUGGAAACCGACGACACCGAAGAUUAAAGUCGGACUCAGCAAUAAUUACGAUUAGACAUACAUUGUCAUGAAAGGCUUCGUUUUAGCUUAUAUGUAAAUCACUGAACAAUAUAAAAAAUAAGAAUCAUAAGAUAUUCACAAAGUGUCUUCAACAAAGUUUCCAAACUAUCGAUUGCAAUCGAUGCAAUGAACCAAAAAUGUUUGCAUUAAUCCUGUGAAAAAAAGUAAGACAAUGGUAUUCGACGUGUCUUACAUCGAUUACAAAAAUGCCUUUUAACAAUUUUUUCGAAUAGAUGCAUAUUUCAAAUAAGCCUUUAAAUGCACUAUAUCGUACAUUUCGGACGAUUUACAAAUAAUUGCGAAAAAGUUAUACAUGAAAUAUACGUAUUAUAUAAUGUAUACUUGGUGUGCGUGAACAACGAAACGGUUUCGAAUGAGAAAAUUAUAUUAAUGUUACAGAUAGGGUUGCAGAUUUCUAAAAUGCCGCAUUCAUAAUUUUAAUCGACAAUUGGACUGUUCCUUAAGUAAAAAUUAAAGUUCAAUGGCUAUUUCGAUUUUCGAAGUAGCUUACAGGAAUAUUCUUUUCUCGUCGAAGAUAUACAACUAAAGAUUAGAAAAGUUAUUUUUGCUAAACGAAAAUUUGUGUAAAUAUCUUCAUUCCAUUGACCAUUAUUUAAAGUAUAACGCUGCGAUGAACGUAUUAGUAAUCAACUAAUAUAAUAUGACAAUUAUCAUAUUAUAUCUGCACAUGUAUCAUAUGUAUUAGGGAUAUAAAAAGGAAAGUAUGAAACCUGUGGAGGAUGGUGAGAAUGUACAUUCUAUAUUAUUAUACUUGAGUACAAAUUAUUUUGCGAGUGAAAGUAUUGAUCCUUCGGUGAAAAAAGAAGCGGCGCCGUUAGACAUGUGUAUGUAUCGAAUAUACAUAGGUAUUACAAUAAUGUCUAAAAAGAGAAAGUGAUGCAAAUAUAUACGAUUAUAUUUUAACAACAUUUAUUUUAA